UGCGCAUAAGCCAAGCAUAAUGCAUAUAAAUGAACAAUGCCGUACAGAGGAAUGUAACCGCGCAGUGAGUUUUUAACGGGAAACGGAGGCGAUGGACGCUUUGUUGUUUUCUGGUUUUGUUUCUUCAGUGUUUUAGGGUGGAUCAGGUGAAGUAGCCUCAGAUUUUUGGUUUCCUUACAACGACCUGAGUGGAUCUGAAUCACCGUGUGUAACACCGGGCUGCUUCCUGAUGGCUAACGAGCGGCUCCGAGCUCUGGAGGACGUGGAGAAGGAAAUAGCCAUGGUCCUGCAGUGUGCCGGUAACAUCAUCCUGGAGCUGUCCAAGGACAAGCACAACGCCAGUCAGCUGGACAGACAACUAAUCCAGUUCCAGAACUCCAUGAACCGGGUGGAGAAUGAGCUGAGUUCCCAGAUUCGCUACCUCACACAGGUGGCUACUGGUCAGCCUCAUGAAGGCUCCACCUAUUCAGCCAGGAAGGACUGUCAGAUGGCUCUGAACAGAGCAGAGUAUGCAAAGGUCAAACUGGGAGAACUGGGACGAACUUGUGAAGCCAUGCUGGAGCAGCAGCAGCCACAGAUAUAAGACCAGCUGAUUGUGGAGAUGACUGGAUCUCCAGCAGAUCCUCGUGUGACUGUAUGAACCUGAGUUGAACCUCUAACAGAAAGGUUCAGACUUUAUUUCAUAGAUGCUUUGACUGCUUUGGUUUAUAAAAGUAAAAAAAAAAAAAGUUUUUUUUUUUUUUUUAUAAAGAACGUAUUUC